AGAAAAAAGAAAAAAGUUUAAAAGGAAAACAAAAAAGCAAAAUGCUGAACCCUAGUAAAAACCCUUGGGAAUACGAGGAUUGUAUCUCCUGCGAGCUGGAGCUAUACUGGAGGAAGUUGUCGGGCCAAAAUGAUCCGGAAUUUGACCCGCCAGAUUUCCAGCGAAACACCAGUGAAGCUCAGAAGACUAUGUACGGCGGCGGCGGCAGAGGCAGAGGCGGUGGAGCAGCGUGGAGGAGACGGGCGGCUCUACCGGAGAUUGUCGGCUUUGGGUGCUACAAAAGGGUCGGUAACUGAAACAAUAAAUGAGUACAUGAGAGAAGGCAGAGUAGUGAAGAAGUAUGAACUGGAGAAAUGCAUAAAGGAGCUGCGUAAAUAUAAAAGAUACCAACAUGCCCUUGAGAUAAUGGAAUGGAUGGAGAAAAGAGGUAUAAACUUAUCGUUUGGUGAUUAUGGAGUACGCUUGGAUCUCAUAGCAAAAGUUCAAGGAAUAACUGCAGCUGAAAAUUACUUUGGCAACCUCUCACCUUCCAUGCAGAAUCAAAGCACUUAUGGAGCACUCUUGAAUUGCUACUGUGUUGAAAAAUUGACAGACAAGGCAUUGUCCCUCUUUGAGAAAAUGGAUCAAUUGAAAUUCACAUCUAAAUCAUUGGCAUUUAACAAUCUUAUGUCCUUAUAUAUGAGACUAGGGCAACCAGAAAAGGUACCCCCCGUGGUACAGGAAAUGAAGAGCCGAAAGGUUCCACUAUGCACAUUUACGUAUAAUAUCUUGAUGAAUAGCUAUUCUUGUUUAGGUGAUAUAGAAGGAGUGGAAAGAGUCUUUGAGGAGAUAAAGCAGGAGAACGCAAAGGAGUGCGAUUGGACCACAUAUAGUAACUUGGCUGUUGCCUAUGUUAAGGCUGGGCUUCAUGACAAAGCCAAGUUAGCUCUAAAGAAGCUUGAGGAAGAGAUGGGACCUCGUAAUCGUGAGGCAUACCACUAUUUGAUUAGUUUGCAUGCUGGAAUAUCUAAUCUAGGUGAGGUUUAUCGUAUUUGGAAUUCUCUGAAAUCUCAUUUCUCAGUAACAACCAAUUCUAGUUAUCUUGUUAUGCUUCAGUCACUCGGUAAACUUAAUGACAUAGAUGGUUUAAAGAAAUGCUAUGAGGAAUGGGAAUCAAGCUGUUCCAGUUACGAUAUGAGGCUGGCAAAUAGUGUAAUUGGUGCUUAUCUGAGACAUGACAUGUUACACGAUGCGGAGGAAGUCUUUCGUCAUGCUUUGAAGAGAUCACAAGGUCCUUUCUUCUUGGCUUGGGAAAUGUUCAUGGCAUUCUUUUUGAGGAAUCAUCAGAUCAAUCUUGCUAUGAAGUGCAUGGAAGCAGCUGCCUCUCGAGUAAAGAAGAAUGAAUGGCAGCCAAAAUAUGAAAUGAUUAAUAAAUUUCUCGAGUAUUUUGUAGAAGAGAGAGAUGUUGAUGGUGCUGAGGAGUUCUUCAAGUAUUUGAAGAAGCUGAAUUGUCUUAGCAGUGAUGUCUAUAGUUCAUUGCUUCGCACUUACAUAGCUGCCAACAGAACAGCAGAGGAUAUGCAACUGAGAAUUAAGGAAGAUGGUAUUGAAAUGAGCUGCGAGCUCGAAGAGUUGCUUAAAAGGGUUUGUCCUGAAUUAAAAACCCUUGCGGGGUUGGGGUUUCUAUCUUUUGCGGGCUGGAAGAGUGGAAGUUAUCGGGCCAAAAUGAUCCGGAAUUUGACCCGCCAGAUUUCAAAGGAAACACCAGUCAACGUCAGAAGACUAUGUACCACGGCGGCAGCGGCGGUGAAGGAGGAGCAGUGUGAAGGAGACCGGCGGCUCUACCUGAGAUUGUGGGCUUUGGAAGCUACAAAUGGGUCGGUUAGUGAAACAAUAAAUGAGUACAUUGGAAAAGGCAGAGUUUUGAAGAAGUAUGAACUGAACAAAUGCAUAAAGGAGCUGCGUAAACAUAGACGAUAUCAACAUGCCCUUGAGAUAAUGGACUGGAUGGAGAGAAGAGGUAUAAAAUUGUCGUUUGGUGAUUAUGGAGUACGGUUAGAUCUCAUAGCAAAAGUUCAAGGAAUAACUGCAGCUGAAAAUUACUUUGGCAGCCUCUCACCUUCGAUGCAGAUUCAAAGCACUUAUGGAGCACUCUUGCAUUGCUACUGUGUUGAAAAAAUGACAGACAAGGCGUUGUCCCUCUUUGAGAAAAUGGAUCAAUUGAACUUAGCAUCUAAUUCAUGGCAAUUCAACAAUCUUAUGUCCUUAUAUAUGAGACUAGGGCAACCAGAAAAAGUACCCCCCUUGGUACAGGAAAUGAAGAGUAGAAAGGUUCCACUAUGUACAUUUUCGUAUAGUAUCUUGAUGAAUAGCUAUUCUUGUGUAGAUGAUAUAGAAGGAGUGGAAAGAGUCUUUGAGGAGAUAAAGCAGGAGAAUGUAGAGGAGUGCGAUUGGACCAUUUAUAGUAACUUGGCUGUUGCUUAUGUUAAGGCUGGGCUUCAUGACAAAGCUGAGUUAGCUCUAAAGAAGCUUGAGGAAGAGAUGGGACCUCGUAAUCGUGAGGCAUACCACUAUUUGAUUAGUUUGUAUGCCGGAAUAUCUAAUCUUGUUGAGGUUUAUCGUAUUUGGAAUUCUCUAAAGUCCGGUUUCUUGGAAAUAACCAAUUCUAGUUAUCUUGUCAUGUUUCAGUCCCUCGGUAAGCUUAAUGACAUGGAUGGUUUAAAGAAAUGCUAUGAGGAAUGGGAAACGAGCUGCCCUAGUUACACUAUGAGGCUGCCAAAUAAUGUCAUUAGUGCUUAUCUGAGAAAUGACAUGCUACAUGAUGCGGAGGAAGUCUUUCUUCGUGGUUUGAAACGAUCACAAGGACCUUUCUUCUUGGCUUGGGAAAUGUUCAUAGCAUUCUUUUUGAGGCAUCGUCGAAUUGAUCUUGCUAUGGAGUGCCUGGAAGCAGUUGUAUUCCUUGUAAAGGAGAAUGAAUGGCAACCAAAAUGUGAAACAAUAAAUAAAUUUCUCGAGUAUUUUAUAGAAGAGAGAGAUGUUGGUGGUGCUGAGGAGUUCUACAAGUAUUUGAAAAAGCUGAAUUGUCUUAGUAGUGAUGUCUAUGGUUCAUUGCUUCGCACUUACAUAGCUGCCAACAGAACAGCAGAGGAUAUGCUACUGAGAAUUAAGGAAGAUGGUAUUGAAAUGAGCUGCGAGCUCGAAGAGUUGCUUAAAAGGGUUUGUCCCGAAUAAUUAGAAGGAUCUACCCAUAUGGUUUUAUUUCUUCUCCAUCCUCUUUUUGUAUAGAUCUACACAGACUUAAAUACUCUCCAUGCACCUGUCUUAGCAGCCUCUGUGAACUUGACAUGUUAAAUGACGUGUUAUUAAAAGCCAUCGAUUUGUCGCUUAAAGCAAAGGAAUCUGAAGGAAGCGGUUAUCGCUUCAUGGGUGAGGCCAUGCGCUUCAAGUAAUGAGGCGCAAAAUAAUCCAAAGAAAAGCAGCGAUUCUUUCAAGCUCAACUUUGAGGAGUUGGACCAAUACUGACAUUACUGUAUAUUGGAUGUUGAAAUUAGUUAUUUUAAUAGCAGCUUGAUUGUUAUAGUACUAAAGUCUAAAAUCAUGGAUAUUUGGCAUUUUUUAAUUUUUUUUUUUUAAAAUCGUGCGCCUCAUUUCAGAGAAGGCUUCACUUCUUGCUUUUUCUUCAAGUUCCAUAGAUUUCAUUGUUUUGCGCUUUUCGCUUUUUGGAACACUGUUUAGACAUUGUCUUAGCAAGGUUUGUGUAAUUUCAUGUCUUUAUUGAGAGAAAAUUUGCUCUUA